AUGAAGGUCUUCGCAGCAGUACUGAUGGCGUUGGCGGCCGUGGUCGUGGCAGAAGAGCCCAUCGAACUCGACUACCACAACAAGAUCGGUAUCCCCCGGGCCGAGAGUCUUAGACGCGCCGAGGAAGCCGCUGACUUCGACGGUACCAGGAUUGUGGGUGGUUCUGCCGCCAACGCUGGUGCUCACCCCCAUCUUGUUGGACUUGUGAUCGCACUGACGAAUGGCAGAACUUCCGUCUGCGGAGCUUCCUUACUGACCAACACCCGCUCCGUGACCGCGGCUCACUGCUGGAGGACCAGGAACGCCCAGGGUCGUCAGAUCACCCUCGCUUUUGGCACAGCUAACAUCUUCUCCGGAGGCACCAGGGUCACCACCUCCAAUGUCCAGAUGCACGGCAGCUACAACAUGAACAACCUCAACAACGACGUCGCCGUCAUCAACCACAACCAUGUUGGCUUCAACAACAACAUCCAGCGCAUCAACCUAGCCAGUGGAAGCAACAACUUUGCUGGUACUUGGGCCUGGGCUGCCGGCUUCGGGAGGACCUCCGAUGCUGCUUCGGGAGCCAACAACCAACAAAAACGCCAAGUCAGCCUCCAGGUCAUUACCAACGCCGUCUGCGCCCGCACGUUUGGAAACACUGUGAUCAUUGGCUCCACUCUCUGUGCUGACGGCUCUAACGGUCGCAGCGUCUGCAGCGGAGACUCCGGCGGCCCUCUCACCAUCGGCAGCGGCGGAGGCCGUCAGCUGAUCGGUAUCACAUCGUUCGUAUCAGACAGAGGCUGCCAAAGAGGCUUCCCUUCCGGUUUCGCCAGAGUCACAUCCUUUAACUCCUGGAUCCGGGCUGACCACGAGGUUGUUCCAUCGAAUGGCGGAACUUUGAACCGCCGCAUGGAAGGAACAACAGUAACUGAGGCUGAUGUUACUGUUCCUGUUUUCAUGUUUUCCAGGGUCUUCCAAUCCGGCUCUCGUGCUGAGAAAUACGGUCCUCGUUCUGUUGGACCUGCUCUUUUAUCUCCGAAACUUUUAAAAAUUUGUGAGAACUAUGCUGAGUCCCACGGGCUGAGGUACAAUGCCAAGAAGAGCGAACUGCUAGUGUUCAAAGCGCAGAACAAAACUUACGAGAACGUACCUCCAAUCUGGCUAGCAGGCGCAACGCUUACACAAGUCAAGCGCUUCAAGUACCUCGGUCACUGGGUAACAGAGGAUGACGUCGGGGGUCCCGCUGAGGUAGCGCGCCGCCUAUACGUGGGGGUGGUUCGGUUUAUGGCACUUUACGGCGCGCCCGUUUGGUGCCAGGCCCUGACCCGCAAGAACGUCGCCACGCUGCGACGUCCGCAGCGCGCGAUCGCCGUUGUUGUUUUGGCCGAUACUAUUUUUGCAACUAUAAAAGACACCGAAGUGAUAACUGACAACAUUCUACUCGAGGGAACCUGUAAACUGGUAGUAGCCAUGAAGGUCUUCGCAGCAGUACUGAUGGCGUUGGCGGCCGUGGUCGUGGCAGAAGAGGCUAUCGAACUUGACUACCACACCAAGAUCGGUAUCCCCCGGGCCGAGAGUCUUAAGCGCGCCGAGGAAGCCGCUGACUUCGACGGUACCAGGAUUGUGGGUGGUUCUGCCGCCAACGCUGGUGCUCACCCCCAUCUUGCUGGACUUGUGAUCGCACUCACGAAUGGCAGAACUUCCAUCUGCGGAGCUUCCUUACUGACCAACACCCGCUCUGUGACCGCUGCUCACUGCUGGAGGUCGAGGGAUGCCCAGGCUCGUCAGUUCACCCUCGCUUUUGGGACAGCUAACAUCUUCUCCGGAGGCACCAGGGUCACCACCUCCAGUGUCCAUAUGCACGGCAGCUACAACAUGAACAACCUCCACAAUGACGUCGCCGUCAUCAACCACAACCAUGUUGGCUUCAACAACAACAUCCAGCGCAUCAACUUAGCCAGUGGAAGCAACAACUUUGCUGGCACUUGGGCCUGGGCUGCCGGCUUCGGCAGAACUUCCGAUGCUGCUUCGGGAGCCAACAACCAACAAAAACGCCAAGUCAGCCUUCAGGUCAUUACUAACGCCGUCUGCGCCCGGACUUUUGGAAACACUCUGAUCAUUGGCUCCACCCUCUGUGUUGAUGGCUCUAACGGUCGCAGCACCUGCAGGGGAGACUCCGGCGGCCCUCUCUCCAUCGGCAGCGGCGGAGGCCGUCAGCUGAUCGGUAUCACAUCGUUCGGAUCAGCCCAAGGCUGCCAGAGAGGCUUCCCCGCCGCCUUCGCCAGAGUCACAUCUUUUAACUCCUGGAUCCGGGCUAGAAUUUAA